AUGUCGUCUCACACCCGCACCACGCCGUGGGUCUCGGUCGACGAGCUGCGUCGGGUGUUGGCGGAGCCCAAGGCCCACAGCAAGGAGCGGGUGGUGCUGGUCGACACCCGCGGCGCCGAGGCCUACGACAAGGGCCACCUCGACGGCGCCGUGCGAAUCGAGGAGUGCUUCACCCACCUGGCCACCUCCGACCCGGCCGGCCUCGCCUCGCUCGAGGCCACCUUCCGCGACCUCUUCGGCCGCCGCGCCGGUAUCACCGGCGCCGCCAACGAGCGGGUCGUCAUCUACGAGGAGGGCCUCACGUCGGGCUUCGCCCAGUCGUGUCGGGGCUACUUCCUCCUCAAGUGGCUCGGCCAUCCCAACGGUGGCCUUGCGGCGUGGCGCAACGCGGGAGGCGAGCUCUCGCAGCAGGCUCCGCAAGUCACGCCCGCUCAGCUCAAGACUCAAGUCGACGCCAGCCUGAUGGCGACGAAGGACGACGUGCUUCAGGCCCUGAAGGACAAGAGCAAGGACGCGGUGCUGCUUGACGUGCGCGACCAGGACGAGUGGAUCGGAACCAGCUCUUCCCCCUACGGGAAGGACUUCUGCCCGCGCAAGGGGCGCCUCCCCGGUGCGAAGUGGCUGGAGUGGUACAAGCUACACGACCGCAAGGACGGAGUGGCCUACACCAAGCCCGUCGACGAAGUCAAGGCCACGCUCACGGACAUGGGCAUCAAGCCCGAGCAGGACGUGAUUGUGUACUGCUUCAAGGGCUCCCGCGCAUCGAACACGCUGAUGCAGCUUCGCCAUGCGGGCUUCAAGGCCACAAACUACUUCGGGUCGUGGAACGAGUGGUCGAGGGACGACAGCCUGCCGAUCGAAUCGAGGGAGCUCUGCGCUUUCUCCUUCCUCUUCAUCUUUGUCCCAUCCAUGGCCGCUUCGGACUCAUUCGGCUUCAGGCGCGUGUUCGAGGGCGCGGCACGGCGUCGGUUCCGGAAGAGUGUGAGGGAGAACACCGAUCUCCUCACCCGCCGCGUCGAUGCCGAACAGAAAUACGAGGGCUUGGACUACGGUCCGAUCGACAAUGAGCUGCAGCAGAGCUACGAGCGUUCGCUCACUCGCCGCGACCUCGUGAGCAAGUGGCUACAAACGAUCGUCGUGCUCACGCUGAUCGGCGCGCUCACCGGCUUUUUCAUCUUCUUCCUCUUCCUGGGCUCGCGGCGCGUCAUUCGCUACAAACUCGAACUUCUCGAGCACCUCCUGUCCGGGUGUGGCGGGUCUCCGGGCGGCACGUGCUUCUGGUACCCGUUCUUGACAUUCGUCGGCAUCAGCACGGGCCUCACUGCCUGCUCCUCGUUCCUGGUGGCCUACUUCCUACCCUUCGCAGCCUCGGGCUUGCCCGAACUGCAAGCUUUUCUGAACGGAAUCAGGAUGCCCUCCAUCUUCCGAGUCUCGAGCUUCUUCGUCAAGUGCCUGGCUCUGCUGUUGGCCGAGUGGGGCCACAUCGUGGGCGACAUUGCCGGGCCGUCCCUCCAACUGGGAGGCUCCAUCGGAGCCACGCUGUCCCAGGGAAAGCUAUCGCUCUUCGAGCGCCUGGCACCCUACGGCCUCAAGACAUUCCGAACCGACAACGAAAAGCGCAACUUCGUCUCGGCCGGCGUGUCCGCAGGCUUUGCGAGCAUAUUUGGAUCUCCCAUAGGGGGGAUGCUCUACUCCGUGGAGCAGGGCUCAUCGUUCUGGACUGGCCCGCUAUCGGCGAUGGUGUUCUUCAGCUGUUGCGCGGCUCUUACGGUUUUCAACUUCCUCAACAAUGGGUUCGUCUUCGAGCGCUGGGGCCACUGGUCCCGCACCGGGCUCUUUGAUUUCGGACACAGCGUGGGCGUGGCCGAGUUCCCGUUCAAGAUCUUCCACUUCCCGUUCUACAUCCUCCUGGGCAUCAUCGGCGGAUUGGUGGGCGCGUUCUUCAACACGCUCAACCUGGGUCUCAUGUGGUUCCGCGUCAACAAGCUCCGCCGGCCGAGCCUGAAGAUGCUCGAAGGCUGUAUUGUCGGUCUGGUGACCUCGAUCGUGAUCUUCGUGGUGCCCUACCUCUACAACAGCUGCCAGCCCAUUUCCUACGAGGCCGUGGAGGAGUUCAACGAACUGCACAUCCGCUACACCAGCGUCUUCUGCAAACAGGGCGAGUACAGCCAGCUCGGGACCCUGUUCUUCGAGAACGAGAUCGACGCCCUGCGGGCGAUGACGGCCGAGGUCGUCGACUGGGACGUGGGUCCGCUGCUGAUCAUCGCCGCAGUCUACACGCUCCUCGCCUGCUGGAGCUUCGGCGCCGCGCUCCCCACCGGCCUCUUCAUCCCGUGCUUCAUCAUCGGCGGUGCUCUCGGGCGUGCGCUUGGCAUGGGGCUGGACCACGGCAUGCCGUGGUUGGACAUCAACAUCAACACCUACACCAUCCUGGGUGCCGCGGCCGUGACCGGCGGCGUCACCCGUCUCACCAUUUCGCUCACGGUCUUGCUGGUCGAGGCGACUGACUACGCCUAUUUUGCUCUGCCGGUCAUGUUGGUGGUGCUGAUCGCGCGAUGGGUUGCCGGCCUCUUCGUGGGCGGCAUCUUCACCAACUACAACCGCGUGCUCAAGGCGCCGAUCCUCGACUGGCAGCCGCCGCACGACAUGUACACCCUCAAGGCCAAGGACGUGAUGAACAAGCCGCCCGUGUGCUUCUUCCUCACCGAGCGCGUUGGCGACGUGUUCCAGGUCAACCCCAUUCUCUUCCUGUGUACGCUGGGCGAGGUGACGCACAACGGCUUCCCGAUCGUCAACUCCAAGGGCCAGCUCGUGGGGACCAUCCUUCGCUCCCAGAUCUCCGUUCUGCUCCACCACCGCGCAUUCUACAGCGGCGAUGAGUUGGGUCGCGAGGUGUCGCCCUCUUCCAUCCUCCCGCGCUCGGCGUUCGUCAACGCCUACCCCAAGUUCUACGACAUCACCAAGAUGGCGCUGACCCACCGGGAGGAGGACAUGUACCUCUACUUCAAGCCAUACAUGAACCUCAACCCGGUCAAGGUGAUCGAAACGUGCCCGCUCACCCGCGCCUAUCGCGCCUUCCGCACCCUGGGCCUCCGCCACAUCGUCGUCGUGGACUUUUGGAACGUGGUGCAGGGCGUGAUCACGCGGAAGGACCUCUCCAAGCUCUCCACCCUCCAUCAAUGGAAGAAGGAGUGGGUGUACUUGGCGGCGCACGGGGACCAUCUGACCGAAGCGGAGAUCCUGCACCUUAGGCGCGCCACCGCCUACGCCACCCGAGGGGAGUCCUUCAGCGAGGCCGAGCUGACUGACGCCGAGCGCGCCGACGGCGACGACAGCGACAGCGACGUCAGCGCGGACGAGCACACCCGCAUGGUCAAGCACUGA